UUUUUUGUUAGAUAAUGUGGAGCACAAAUAAAUAAUGAUAAGCGAGGCUUUUAUGAUUAAAUGAUAAGGAAAUCAGUAAAGCAUACUUAGUUAGCAAAAAUGUUAACAAACUUUUCACAAAUCACGCCGCACUUGAAAUUCAAGUCAAAAGUCAUUUCUAUCGACAAUCUUGGAUUUAAGUUUCAUUAUCGUGGAACUUUCAUUCUGCUUUUAGUUUGUACUGUUCUAGUAACAUCACGACAAUAUAUUGGAGAACACAUUAGAUGUAUGACAGGUGGAGCACCAACGAUACCAGAGCAUGUCAUAAACACUUUUUGCUUCUUCACGACAACUUUUACAGUGGUGCGACAUUUAAACGAAACAAUGCUUCAACACGAAUCACUUCCACAUCCUGGCAUUGGCCCUGUAAUGCCCGAUGAUGAAAUUCGUCAUCAUGCUUACUACCAGUGGGUGCCAUUUGUACUUUUUGCCCAAGCAAUCACUUUCUACCUUCCGCAUCUCUUCUGGCGAUCAUGGGAAGGAGGAAAAAUUAAAACACUUGUAAUUGGAUUGCAAGCAGUUUUAUUAUCAAAUUAUUUAGCUAAGGAAGAAGACUUGCAGAUUAACAAAAGUUAUGUGAUUUAUUCAAAGCCAACAAUAGAGAAAAAGCUGAGAGUAAUCAAAACUGCUUUCAUGAACCACAUAAGAGUGAAUCGAAAUUGGGCAGGAAAAAUGGUUUUCUGUGAAUUCCUUAAUCUUGUCAAUCUGUUAUUGCAAAUAUAUUUAACUCACUUAUUUCUCGGGAGACAAUUUCUUACACUUGGAAUUGAUUUCAUACGCGAUGACUUUCAAGGAAUGCUUGACACACUUGAUAUUGUAUUCCCAAAAGUUACCAAAUGUCAUUUCUACAAAUAUGGAGCUUCUGGAUCGAUUCAAAAGCAUGAUGCAUUGUGUGAGUUUGUCAGUGUAAUGGCGUUGAAUGUAAUCAACGAGAAAAUAUUUGUUUUUCUUUGGUUCUGGUAUUGCAUUUUGUUGGUAGUUUCAGUUUUAUCUCUCUUAUGGAGAUUAAUGACAGUUUGCCUUCAUUCAAGAUCAACAUGGUUCAAUGGCUUUGUAUUCUCAUUUGCAUGUCCAGGCAAAAUGAAUCCGUGGGAUAUGCUUGUAGUGACUAAUGAGUUCUUCUUCUCAGAUUGGUUGUUUCUCUAUUACUUAGCAAGAAAUAUGAAGCCUUAUUUAUUCCGUCAAAUGCUUCUCGACCACAUUAUACCAGAAAUUCAAAGUGAGAAGAAUUCAGUCAAUUUAUCGCCUGGCGCUGAUUCAACAGAUGAAGAUUCUGAAAAUGAGAAAUUGAAAGAGUCAGAAGCAGAAGAUGAAAAUUUAGAUGAUCACAGUUUGAAUUCAGAAGAUAUGGCGAUUGUACCAUCGAGUUCAUUAGUCGCCGUCAACGAAAAACGAACACAAAAUAUAACAAUGGAAACAAAUAAAAAAUCGGAUUCAACCAAAAGCAGAUUUGUCGACGCUCAGGUUGCAUUGAUGAGUAAUCCAUUCCAUCACGAACCGAUAGGAGAAGUUGAGUCUAUGGAAGAUCUUCUUGCUAUCAAUAAUCCCUAUGAAAGACGAGACAUGCUUCAAUCAUCAGAAAACAAGAAAAAACAACAACAGAUAUCAAAUGGCUUAAAGGACUAUUUCAAGCUUCAAGAAAUUCAAACAGACAAUGCAGUGUUUCGUUUACACAAUGUUUUCACAACAGUGCUGCUCUUAACAUGUUCGCUGGUCAUAACAGCGACUCAAUAUGUUGGAAAUCCUAUUUCAUGCAUUGUCAGUGGAAUACCGACUCAUGUUGUUAAUACUUUUUGUUGGAUCUCGUCAACUUUCACGAUGCCCGAUGCAUAUCGCAGGCAGGUUGGAUUGGAAGUCGCUCAUCCCGGUGUGUCCAAUGAUUUCAACGAUGAAGAUGCUAAAAAGUAUCAUACGUAUUAUCAGUGGGUGUGCUUCGUGUUGUUUUUCCAAGCUUGUGCAUGCUACACACCAAAAUUCCUGUGGGAUGCAUUCGAAGGAGGACUUUUACGUACAAUUGCCAUGAACUUAAAUCUCGGAAUCUGUCGAGAAGAAGAAAAAUGUGCGAAAAAGCAACUUUUGAUUGACUACAUGCUGAAACACUUGAAGCGCCAUAAAAUGUACGCAAUUCGAUAUUGGAUUUGUGAAGCUCUUUGUAUGGUGAACAUUGUGGUGCAAAUGAUUUUAAUGAAUAAGUUCUUUGAUGGGGAGUUUGCUGAUUAUGGAUGGCGUGUUCUCAAAUAUUCAGACACUCCUCAAGAUAUGCGAGUUGAUCCAAUGGUGUACGUAUUUCCACGAGUAACGAAAUGUAUUUUCCACAAAUAUGCAUUAUGUAUUUUACCACUCAAUAUUGUUAAUGAAAAGACAUACAUUUUCAUUUGGUUUUGGUACAUCAUCCUUCUUGCUAUGCUUGUUGGUCUUUUUAUUUAUCGGUUACUCAUCAUAUUUGUGCCAGCAGUUCGUGCGCGUGUGCUGAAUGCCAGAAACCGAAUGGUGCCAAGAGAGACUGCAGUUUCAGUGUCAAAUAAAGUUGACAUUGGAGAUUGGUGGAUCAUUUACAUGUUAGGGCGUAAUCUCGAUCCAAUUAUUUAUAAAGACGUCCUAUUAGAACUUUCGAAAAGCAUUGAAAAGAAUCCAUCGAAAAAGAAUCUAAACUAAGAAAGAAGGAUAUUGCUAGAGAAAGUUUCGAAUGCUCACAAGAAUGUUCAAAAUUUAAUCGAUUUUAUGUUUACUAAUAUUCGAUAUUGAAUUUUUUUUCAAAUCUUUAGACUUAAUUUGAAUUUUUAGAAUCUUUUAGACUAAGUUGGAAGAUAAUGAAAAACUAAGAAAGACAGUAAGUUAAUGAAAGCACAAAUGUCAUUGAAAAUUUAUGUUGGACAAGAUACUAUCUCACUUGAAGAUCUUUGGCCACUGCCAAUAUUUUUUAAUUUAUAAACGAAUUAUAACAGUUUUAAUGCAAUUUUUUCUCGGUGUAGAAGAGUAUUUUGAAAUAAAUAUUUAAAAGGAUGAAAUAAUCCUAGGAGAAUUUCCAUUACAGAAAUAAAAUUCAUAAACUAUUUUUGCAAAAACUAAUUAAUAAUUCAAUCAAUAUAAGACAGAAAGUAAAUUUCUUACCUAGGAUUAAAUUGAACGAUUAAUAACACUUCUCUGUGAUUAAUAUUAAGAUCAUAAAGGAAGAUGAAAAUGUACGAAUGAUUGAUUAUUGAAUACUCUUAGAACAUUUCUAAAUUCAUAUUUUUGAUAAAGUUGUAAGAAAAAAUUGUAAUUAAAUUAAUAUUUCCAACCAUCCAUAACGGAAUAAAGAAAUUCAAAAAGAAAA